AUGUCCGUCAACUCUCCCCCCGCCCAACCCUCCUCCUCGCCGCUCGGUCGGAAUCGCAGCUCCCUGCUGUCUCGUUUUUGCUCGCCCUUUUCCCAACGGAAUCGCAGCAUCGCCGACUACUACAUCGAACCCGACGAUCCCUGGCGCUCCUACUUCCCCGGUGAUGUGAUCAAGGGCACCGUCGUGCUCACCGUCGUCCGUCCCGUUCGCAUCACGCAUCUCGUCAUCUGUUUACAUGGCUUUGUCAAGGUUUUUAAGAACACCGUUCCGUCCGGGGAGGCUUCGCCGGACGCCGGAUUUUUGGGUCCUGGGCGCGGGCGUCGAGGCGCAGAAUAUUUGGGCAAUGGGUUGGCGACGUUGUUUGAGAAUGAGGACGUGCUCUGCGGAGAGGGUCGUCUUAAGGAGGGGGUGUACAAGUUUCGCUUCGAGAUGGCCUUUCCGCCGUUCGCCUUGCCGAGCAGUAUCAGCUUUGAACGAGGAACCAUUACUUAUAUGCUUACGUCCACCCUAACCAAACCCACGACGAUGAACCCUACCAUGUCCUGCCGACGACGCGUGAACCUAAUGGAAAACAUCGACAUCGCCCCCUUCCCCGCCCCGAGAGCCCGCGUGGUCACGUUAGAACCCGUGUCGAAGCGUUCGAAAUCCAAAGCGAAGGCCAAAUCGGGGGAAUCGGACACGGCGCAGGACUCGACGUCGCUGGAGCCGUCGGUCAACGGCGCGACCAACGGCGCGACCGGGUCCGGCGAUCACCGGCCUCCGCUGAGUCCCUCGCCCAGCAACGUCAGCUCGUCGAGUCGCCUGAGCACCAGCAGCCAGAGUUUCCAGAUCGCCAGCGAUCCCAGCUCGUCGACCAGCACGGGGGUUCGCAACAGCGAGGGCCGCAGCACCACCCCCUCCAUCGCGGAUAAGACGAUCACCGCCAAGACGGAGGUAUUGCGCGCGGGCGUGCUACCGGGGGACACGCUCCCCAUCAAAGUCACCAUCAACCACUGCAAGCAAGUGCGCAGCGCGCAUGGCAUCAUCGUCACCCUCUACCGCCAGGGCCGAAUCGACCUCCAUCCGGCCAUCCCCAUCGGCAUGUCGGCGGACGGCAAGAAACCGGUCUACGAGGAUUAUUACCCGCGGUCGCGCACCGGACUCGGCGGUCUGACCAUCGGCACGAGUCGCACCAGCAGCGUCUUCCGGAAGGACCUCACCCAGACCUUUGCGCCUUUGGUCGUCGACCCGUCGAAUCUCACCGCCGUCGUGAAGACGUCGAUCCGCAUCCCCGAAGACGCCUUCCCUACGAUCACGCGCACGCCCGGCAGCAUGAUCAAUUUCCGCUACUAUGUCGAGGUCGUGGUGGACCUGCGGGGAAAGCUGGGCUCCCCCGAUCGAUUCCUGCCGCGGUUCAACCUGAUGACCUCGGGGAGUAACUUCUCUCCGAGUGGACAGAUCUUGAACCCGGCCGAUGCCAACAACAACAACGUGAUCACGGCGAACUGGGCCGGCAAUAUCUUGGACACCGACCAGAUCCGCCGCGAGAAGGGCGUCGUGGCCGUCGCCUUCGAGGUGGUCAUUGGCACGCGCGACUCGCAUCGGCGGAAAAGCCAGACGAAGCGCUCGUCGUCCACGGCCGCCGUGUCCGACUUCCAAUCGUCACAGCCGGCGGAGGUGGAUGGCUGGCUGGCGGACCAGAGCCCCAUGCCCACGGCCGAGACGGAGCCCCGUCCGGCACAGGAGGACUACGGAUUCCCGCAAGAACUCCAGUGGGCGGAUCACAUCGAGCAAUCGCAGUCGCCGCCGCAACCGUACCAGUCUCUCGGACAGAUGGUGUCGACGCCGCAGUCGGAGGAGCCGGGCGACGAGAAAGCCCGCAUGCGCCGAGCCGAACAGACGCUGCUGCCCAGUCAACCGCCGGAGGAACCCGAGGCGGGACCGUCGGCGGAGAUGGCGACUCCCACGGCGCCUGUCAUACCCGACGACGAUCAGUUCAACGAUUAUCACCACCUGCCCUCCCCGGCCGAAGAGCGGAUGCCGCCCGGCCCCAUGUCGGCCGAGUCUGUGCACACCGUGAUGCCUGGCAGUAGCACGAUGGCCGACGACGCGGCAGGGGACACCCCGGGCGACGACAAACAGGAGAUGGAGCGACAGCGGCUGAUGAUGGAGGCCAGUGCUCCGGGCGACGUGGAACCGCCCUCCGCGCCCACGGACUCGGCUGAUGGACCGAGUGCGCCGGUGUUCCAUGACGAUGGCGACCAUCAAUUGGUCGGCGGGACGGCGCACGGAGACGAGUCUCUGCCGCGAUAUCAGCGAUAG